AUGUUUGCGAUUUCUCUUCCAGAACACAUACAGGAAAAAACAUCGAUCAAGCGUUCUUAUCAAGCCGAAAUCGCUUGCAGGGCAGUGCAGCCCUGGAACGCCAACGAACAAAUGCCUGGUCAGUAUGAGAUGCGGUGUAGGAAAACGAAGAGGACAGGGAUGGUAUGGAGGAGACGAAUAUUCUCAAGGCCGUCGACGCCUACACAAAGUCGUUUAACGAUGAGAGCGAACAGAACGGUUCAAUCGACGCCAUUUCAUCCCAGUUCCUUGACACAACGAUUUCUUGACAUGAAUUAUGAAAAAAAGGUGGUAUGA